UUUAUUAAUAAAACUAGCUUAGUUUGGUAAAAUCAGCAAAGUAAAGAUCCCCCAAAAACAUAGUUAUAACUAAUAAAAUUCUUUAAUAUCUAAAGAGUGAAAAUAUAGAGUUAAGUUACAGGUCUCCCAUGACUUUUUGACUCCAGACUUUGUGAAACUGCCCGAACUACACUCAUUUUGGGAGCUUUUCCGCUGACACACGUAAUCGAAUCUAGGUCAGAACUCCGUCACUCAUUCGCAUUUCCCUUUUCGCAACAUUCCAGCCAUCAAGUUAAUUGGCGGACGACCAAAUGGAGCCCCCAGCACCAUUAUUAUAUGCUCAACCACGCCUCUCAUAUUCUCAUAUUUCCCCAGCCCACGAUUCGUGCUCGAUUUUAGUGUUUCGGAACUGCGUCAAUAUUUGAUAUAGUUUUGCAUGCGAUUUUCGAAACGUCGCUGCGAUGUCUGCAAGUCAAUUAGACCAAUUAAAUAAUUUUUCAAUUGAUGUGGAUGUGGAUGUAGAUGUAGAUGUGGUAGGGAAUGCUGGUGCUUCAGCCAUCCUGACGGACAGUAUGUCCCGUCCUGUCUGUCCAGGACAUGCAAAUCGACCGCAGGACCUGCGGUUGCUCCGUACGUUGCCUCCGUAUCUCCCGGUUUCUCCACAAGACUACGACUAUACUAUGGGGAAUAUCGAUUGCCCAACCGAACAGCACUUUUCGAGUUCGUCGCGAUUGUUUUGCUUUGGUCGGUUCCUUUAUUGAAAGCGGCGCUUUCUCAUUUACCUAUGAAUAUGGCACAGUGGUUCGAGAUUUAUUAUAUGGCACAGCUAUGGCUUUCGAUUAUUUUCGAGAACCAAUUAAAAUACACAUCCUUCACUGCAAUUUCCAAAACCUUUUGCUUUGCGUUGACCCACUUUGAAGGAAAAGCCACCUGCGUCCCACUGUGCAGUGGUAGGUGAACGCUUGAACGUUCUCCAUUUGGUGGUGGCUAUUUGGUUGGCGGGUGCUUCGUGGACUCCUUCGAUGGGGCAGAGGUGUUGGAUGGGGUGGAGUGCUUGCCCGUUGGCAUGGUGCACGCGAAAAAGCCAAACGAAACGUAAAUUUUCCAGGCAAACCAUCUCGCUGCCUUCGAGGAGUCCAUCGAGAACUGUUGGUCGCGGUGGUCGAGCGUUGCACAUUUUUCAAUAUUACCAAAUUGGAGUAUUACGUUCUAGGAUGAGUUUGCUAUUGCGGCGACGUUCGCGCAGCGAGACACGUCCUCAGGCGAAUCCGGUGGAGAAGACCAAACAGCCGGACUCGGAUAAGUUGGACAAGCAGCAGCAGCAGGCGAAUCACCACCAGAUGCGCCACCACCAGCCGCAUGCCAGUGAACAGAAUCUGAACAAACUGGGCCUGGUUUCCAGUGGCUCCAGUGGCAAUGGAAUGGGCAGACGCAAGACAUCCGCGGAACUCAUAAGCGAGGCCAAGAUGUUCCUGGGCGAAUCGGUAAACGCUGUUCCACUGAUGGCCACCGGUGGUGCUCGCUUGGUUAGCACUCGACGACCUAUUACGCCCCGCGAAUCCGGACGAGUUUUGUACGGCAAAGUUGCCCUGGCUGGACGUCCACCAAGUGCCUUUUCCAUGCGGUAUCUGCAGAACGAGAAACCAUCAACGCCCCGCCAGUUGCCGGCUCUAUCUGGUUCUGGUCCCGCCACACCCAUGCCCACCCGGAAUGGAGCUCUGCUCUGUCAAUCCAGCACAGAAACGCUGAUCGAACUGCUCAAGCAGCACAGUGGUCUCAAGGAUUGCAGCGACGAGACAGUGCAGCACAUUAAUGCGAUCCUCCAGGAGCUUUAUACCCGUGUCAGAAAGCAGGAGCGCAACUACAAGCGUGGCUUCAUCCUAGGCGGACUCUAUGGUUUGGUGGAGUGCAGUUCGCCACGCGUUCUUUUGGCUGUGGCUCGCGUAGUUUUGGCUCUUCGGGUGACGGGCAGCAAUCUCACGGGUGCCUGCAAGCUGAUCUUCAAGGUGGCCAGGCAUGAGCAGCACGAUGCCCUGUUCCACGAACACGACGUGUUGGAAUUGCUCAUUGAUGGUUUGGGACACGCCUCGCCACUGGAUGAGCCGGAGGCUUGCAUUUAUGCCUAUGGUUGCAUACGUUUUCUAACCGCCAGCAGUGCCCAGGAGCGGGAUGAUGCCCUCAACCGCAAUUGGAUUGGGCUGGAGAGCUCCGGCGAGAGUCACUCGCUGCCCAUUCCUGCUCCAAUGCCUCCGGCUCUGUCGGCCAUCUCGACUUCGCUUUGUCCCAGGAAAUUGACGGGUCAGCAAACGUUAGUGUCCCGCCUGGCUCGUCAUGGAGCCGUGGAGCUGAUGAUCUUGCACCUGCAGAUGUUGAAUGAGGCUGGGGCAACCAAACGGCUCCAGGGUCCGCCGCUGCACACACUCUAUCAACUGUCGGCGGCCAUGAGAGCUCUGGCAGAUGUUUCCCAGCAACAGCAGCGUUUGCAGCUUCAAUUGCAACUGGCAUGUCCACAUCUCAUCCGAGCGGCCGAGGUAUCAAUGGGCGAAAUGGAGGUCCAGGCCAAUGUGGUGCGCACUCUCAGUGUGCUUUCGGAGGACUCGGAUUGCUGUGAAACGCUGCACAACUAUGCUGCCAGGAUUGGCCUGCUCCUGGGUCCCUCGUGCGCCGGCGGUGGGCAGUGCAGUGAACGUCUCCUGGCGGUUCUAAGUCGUUUGGGCUACAUGCUGGGCAAUAUACUGGCCAAACACGAAACUGCACGCAUACAGUACUUUCACAACGAUGUGGCCAUGGAGUAUCUUCUGAAUAUUUUGGAACAGCUGAACGAACGCUCACCCAGCAGUGUGGCUCAUUUGGAUGCUCAAAUCAAGUUGAUACGAGUUGUGGCCAAUAUGAGUGUGAAUCCCGAGGUGGGCGCCGGUUUGGGAAAUGUCCGUUCUUUGGGCGCUGUGCUGCUGAAGCUUUUGAGCAAGACCAGCGAGGAGUUGACCAAGAAGAAGUCGCCGGAACAGCAGGAACUUUUGCAUGCCACCUUGGGAGCCCUGCACAAUCUGUGUUUCUACCAGGACAAACAGGCAGCUGUGCAGCCUUUGGCCAAGGGAUCUCUGCAGAGUCUUAUUGACGACUUGUCCGCCUCGUUGGCCAAAGUGUUGGGCAACUGCCAGACGUCGGUGACCAAAGUGGAGUUGGCCCGUGUGCUGGGUAACCUGACGAGGAACGAGCAGGCACGUCGUUGUUUCUGUGCCGCCGGAGGAUUGCCAUUGAUGGUGCAGCAACUGACGAAACAGGCAGCUGGCCAGGAUUAUGAGCUGCGCACCUGUGCCAUUGGUGUCCUGGUGAACCUUUUGGGCGAUGGCGAACAGCGAGGUCCUUUUCUGCAACUGCGAGGAGCCGAACUGCUGUCGCUACUCCUGCGUGGAUCCCUCGAGCAGGAGGACUGGUUUCUGGCCAACAUUGUUUGCCAGGCCCUCUGGAAUCUUCUCAUCGACGGCCAUUGUGCGGCUAAUCUCUGCCAAAGCGGUCAUAUACUCGAUGAAGUUAGUGAUCUGCUGGCCGAUUAUCUCGAUGAGGAUCGAUUAUCACCCGGCGAUGACGAUAACGACAACGAUGAGGAUGAUCCUGAGCGGGAAUCGGAGAAUUUGGAUGUAACUGAAACGGAUCCAGAAGCGCACGAUGCCUUGUGGGAGGAUUUCGCACUGGUGGCCACCGAUCUGCUCGAACGCAUCCAAAACAACUUCGAUAGGCAGCAGCAAUCGCAGGCAUUGUUACCCCAAAAUGCCGACAACGAAGAUGAUAACGAUGUAUUUAUCGAAGAAAUGUAGUUGCAGUUCGUUUGAUAGUCUAUAGUGUUUCUAUGUGGUUUGCAUUAUUAUUCGAUAAAUAUCUUAAAACAAUUUAUCAAAGCCAAUAAAAAAUGUUUCGAAAUUAAAGAUUUCCCUGGGAUUA